GGGCUCGGAGCCGGAAGUGACGCCAGGGUUAGGUGGGCGAGAGGGGCGAGAGACAUGGACAACUCGGCGAAGGAACGGGAGGCGGUCAGCCUGGUGGCCGAGGCGGAGAAGAAGGUGCGCUCGGCGCGCUCCUUCAUGGCCACGUUGUUCGGGGGGUCCUCUAAACUGGAAGAAGCAUGCGAAAUGUACUGCAGAGCUGCUAACAUGUUCAAGAUGGCUAAGAACUGGAGUGCUGCAGGCAAUGCCUUCUGUGAAGCUGCUAAACUCCACCUACACUUGCAGAGCAAACAUGAUGCUGCAACAAACUUUGUGGAUGCUGGAAAUGCCUUUAAGAAAGCUGACCCUCAAGAAGCCAUUAAUUGUUUGAACAGAGCUAUCGAGAUUUACACAGAUAUGGGUCGGUUUACAAUUGCAGCAAAGCAUCAUAUAUCAAUAGCAGAAAUUUACGAGAGCGAGCUGGUGGACAUCGAGAAAGCUAUAGCACACUAUGAACAAGCAGCAGACUACUACAAGGGUGAAGAGUCGAACAGUUCUGCGAAUAAGUGUUUGCUGAAAGUCGCCACAUAUGCAGCGCAGCUAGAGCAGUAUCCCAAAGCCAUUGAGAUAUAUGAGCAGGUAGGCACGAAUGCCAUGGACAGCCCACUGCUCAAGUACAGUGCAAAAGAAUACUUCUUCAAAGCAGCGCUCUGCCAUUUCUGCGUCGACAUGCUAAAUGCCAAGCUGGCAAUGACCAAGUAUGAGGAGAUGUUCCCGGCCUUCUCAGAUUCCAGGGAGUGUAAACUAGUCAAGAAACUCCUGGAUGCUUUUGAAGACCAGAAUGUUGACGGCUACACUGAUGCAGUGAAGGAGUACGAUUCCAUCUCCCGGCUGGACCAAUGGCUGACAACAAUGUUGCUGCGGAUCAAGAAGACCAUUCAGGCAGAGGAGAGUGACCUGCGCUAAGGCAGGCACGUCGAUGGUCUCUGGUCAAAUUUCUCCAGCUUUGGGCGAGUGAGGGAGGGGAACUGGUGGUUUUUGAUUUUUAAAAAAACACAAAACUUUGCAAAUUAAACAAUGAGGAAGCAUUCCAGAAAUGGAAAUGUUUGAACGUUUCUCGCAUUUAUGAUAAAUCUUCUGCUUGCAGAUUGAGCUGUAAUUUUUGAUGCAUUCCCUUGAACCUUAAAUUUUUCCCAACAACUUUUUCCUAUAUUCUGGCAGGAGUUCUAUGUAUAAAUGUAAUUUGCCCACUAUAUUUAUGACAUUAACUUGAUAUAACUGUAGCUAUUUAAAAAAAUACUCCAGGUAUAGCAUGGAGAUUGAGAGAGUGCCUGAUGAUUAUCUUGUCUGUUCUGCUCAGCUUGUGGUCAUGCAUUUCACAAGUUGGCCUGCUGUUCACUAGUUCCAGCUGAGAACGUAACAACUGAUUAAAGGUCAGAUCAGCCUUGGUUGUGGUGCCUACUACAGUUGAAUAGCUGGCUGUGCUGUUUCGGGUUUGCUCGCAUUCAUCCCUGGGUCAGUUCACCUGGAAAGUAGCCUAAUGCUUUUAUUAGGGGAAGGGGGUGGGAGGUACUAGUAUGAAGUGUUUUGGAAUGUUAUACUAUUAGGUAAAACAUUUUAAUUUGAAUAUUUCUGUUUGCUACUUGUUGCAUUUAAGUUAUUUUGGAAAGUAUUUACAAUAGCUCAUGUCAUGAGUGUGGGCAUGUAUACCAGUGUCCAGGCAGGCCAGCUGGAAAUUCACUACACACGUAUUCGGGAGGGUGAGUCCUUGUGCGUGAUUACAAGCUGAACUAGCUGCACCCAUGUAUAAAUAUGCAAAUAUUAUCAUUUUUAGAUCUGAAUAAAUGAUUAAAGAUGUACCAUC